GGCUAAUACGUUUCUUGAACCGGGCCCAACAUAUCACUCUCCAGCAAAACCCUCGAAAUUUAGGGUUUUGUGGUGAAGAACACUGCGGUUCAGCUCCCUUCUAAUCAUCGUCUUCCUUCUGCAUCCUCUCAUCUCCACUCUUCACCAUGAGCAGAUCAGGCCAGCCACCAGAUUUGAAGAAGUACAUGGACAAACAGCUUCAAAUCAAGCUGAACGCAAAUCGCAUGAUUGUUGGUACUCUCCGGGGCUUUGACCAGUUUAUGAAUUUGGUUGUUGACAAUACUGUGGAGGUGAAUGGCAAUGAGAAAAAUGACAUAGGGAUGGUGGUAAUCCGAGGAAAUAGUGUGGUAACUGUAGAGGCACUUGAACCAGUAAACCGGAGCAUCUGAUUUAUGUUUCUUGGAUUACAGUUUACACUUCACUUUUUGUUUUAAGGAAUUACAGUUUUCAUUUCUCUUUUAUUAUUGUCACAACCUGCUCUAAUUUUUGCAUUUAAAAUGACUUGUGUCUCAUUGCAUCAUGUAACUUACUCUACUACUAGCAUUUCUGUUAUGUUUGUUUAAAUCAUCAUUGAAAAAUUCUAGGAUGCAACUUCACAUUGUUCAUGAACCUGUGUCUGAUUUGUGCAACGCAAUUCGGUUUCACUCAACAAUGAUUUUAGACUCAAAUAAGUAUAUAUGUUUUGGUUUCAAGGGUUCAA